AUGCAUUUCUCUCAAGCUACCAUUGCGGCCGUUGUUGCUGCCGGCUUUGUCUCUGCCGCUCCUACCAUUGAGAAGCGUGCUGGCAUCACUGAUGCCGACAUUCUCCAGUAUGCCCUGACCCUGGAGCAUCUCGAGGAUACCUUCUAUCGUGAUGGUCUCGCCAAGUACUCCGAGGCCGACUUCCAGAACGCCGGAUUCGACCCCAAGGUUUACGCCAACUUCAAGACCAUCUCCAGCGAUGAGGCUGCCCAUGUCGACUUCCUGACCAAGGGCCUCACUGCCGCUGGCGCCAGCCCUGUUGCUGCUUGCACGUACGAGUUUGGCUACAAGGAUGUCAAGACUUUUGUUGCCACCGCUUCCAUCCUUGAGGGUGUUGGUGUGUCCGCCUACCUCGGCGCCGCCGCCGACAUCAUGUCCAAGUCGUACCUCACGGCAGCUGGCUCCAUCCUGACCAUCGAGUCGCGCCACUCGGCGUACAUCCGCGCCAGCCUCGACCAGAAGCCCUUCCCCCAGCCUUUUGAUACCCCUCUCUCCUUCAACGAGGUCUACUCCCUGGCUUCGGCUUUUAUCACGUCCUGCCCCGAUACCAACGCGAAGCUGCCCGUCAAGGCCUUCCCUGCCGUUGCCGUCGCCGCCGACACCGCGCAGCCGAUUAAGUCUGGCGACACGAUUGUGCUACAGACCCCCGGCUACCUGCUCCAGGGCGCCAGCAGCGACACCAAGAUCUACGCUGCCUUCAUUGCCGUCACCGGCCCCGUCUUCGCCGACGCCACGCCAGUUGACGGUGGCUUCCAGGUCACCAUCCCCGCAGGCUUCGCCGGCCAGACUUACGCUGUUCUUACCAGCUGCAAGGACGCUGUCAACGACGACACCAUCGCUGCUGGCCCUGCCAUCAUCGAGAUCUCUUCUUAA